GGUGGCGCCAUUUUGGUGAAGGACGGUGGCGAUGGCGGCGACAAAUGAAAUCCUUCACAAACGGUUGGGACGUGCUUUGACUCCUGAUGACUACAGGAAGAAACACUUGAAGCAAUUCAUUUCCAAAUACGAAUCUCUGGAUACGGAAAUGCCAGGAAUUCGAAAGUUUCAGGAUACGCCUCAAUCGCAGCCAUUGACCAUCUGUGUGGAAUGCCCGCCUGACUUGGACCUCACACACCAGGACAUCAUGACAGCGGCAGAGAGCAUCCUUCCCAAUGCCUUUGCACUUGGGAAAAUCACCAGCAUCCAGUUCGAAAACGUGAAUGUCAUCUGUGGCUCGUCGGGCCUGAAGAACAGGUGGCUGAUAAAUAUUUCAGAUUUCCAAACGAGAAGUUUGUUCCUCAAUUCUGGACUGGUCAUUAAGAAAAUGUACAUGGCAGUGCAACGUUACGAUGACCUCUUGAUGGAGGACUACAAGCUUCACCUCCGCAGGGUAAUGGCGCAGAAGAAAGUCCUAGAGACACUCAAUGAGACGGCGAAUCUGGGUGUGAAAUCCAGGUAGAUGCCAGAGUGACUCUGGGCUUGGGGAGGGUGGUCACUGAUAGCGGGUAGGAAAAGCAUGCCUCAUUUGCUGCUCCGUGUUCAAUAGAAAACAAUAAAAAUUGUAAAAUAAAUAAAUUAUUGUUCUUCUUUUUUA